GGAGGAGUCCGGGGAUCUGACGCACUGAGCGGCUGCGCCUCGCUUCACUCCCUGCUGCAGGAAGAGACUCGGCGGUUCGGAAAAGCUCCAGAAACGGACCCGCCGAGGCGGACAGAGAGACCCGGAGGACGGCUGCUGCGGGCGAUGAGCUCCGCGGUGACGGCCGGAGGACAGCGGCGGCUCCGGGGCUCCUGUUCGGGCCGGACGCCGCAGCAGUGAGCUGCUCUCCGGGCUCAUUGUGUGCUGAGUGGCGCAGGAGAAAAGGAUGCCUCCGCGGCCGCGCACUCUGCUCCCGUUCCCGUCGAAAACCCGGAUUAUUUCCCGACACCGCCUGGAUCUUCCGUCCCGGACGGAGUGUGAGGUUUGUGCGGGGCUCCAUGAGGACCGUCCAUGAGAACAGGGAGGAGGAGGAGGAGUCCGGCCGCGGCGCCAUGGAGGACAAGGAGAGCAAUCUGCGGACGGCCCGGCUGUGGAGGGAUGCCGCCCUGCGCUCCAGGAAGCUGCGCAGCGACCUGCGCCAGCUCACCCUGUGCUCCAAAGACGACCGGAUCGAGCUGCCGGAGGACAUAGACGAGAUAGAGGCGCUGAACCUGGGCAACAACUCUCUGCAGGAGCUGCCGGACGGGCUGGGGUCCUCCCUCAACAACCUGCGCAUCCUGGUCCUCCGCAGGAACCGGUUCAGCGCCGUGCCCCGGGUGGUGUCAGAGCUGGGGCGGCUGGUGGAGCUGGACAUGAGCCACAACAGCCUGCUGAGCCUGUCGGAGGCGGUGGGUCAGCUGAGGGGGCUGAAGAAGCUGUGCAUCAGCCACAACAAGAUCCAGAACCUGCCGGCCCAGAUGGGAGCGCUGCAAUCCCUGGAGGAGCUGGACAUCAGCUUCAACGACCUGCGGGACCUGCCCAGCUCCUUCUCCGGACUGUCCAGGCUGCGGACGCUGGACGCCGACCACAACAAGCUCAACCAGUUCCCAGCAGAGAUCCUGGCCCUGGGCGAGCUGGAGGAGCUGGACUGUUCGGGGAACAAGUUUGAGGUGCUGCCGUCGGACAUCGUGAAGCUGAGCUCCAUCAAGAUCCUGUGGCUCAGCAGCCUUCACAUGUCCUCGCUGCCGGACUCCUUCUGCCAGCUGACCAACCUGGAGAGCCUGAUGCUGGACGGAAACAGCCUCACCUCGCUGCCCGCCGCCUUCGGUCACCUGCGGAGGCUCAAGAUGAUCAAUCUGUCCUCCAACGAGCUGCAGAACUUUCCUCAGGUCCUCCUGAACAUCACGGGGUUGGAGGAACUGUACCUGAGCAGGAAUAAACUGACGCACAUUCCUAAAGAGAUCGGCCAGCUGGUGGCGCUGGUGAACCUCUGGCUGGACAACAACAGCAUCACCUACCUGCCGGAUUCCAUCGUGGAGCUGGAGAAGCUGGAGGAGCUGGUCUUACAGGGUAACCAGAUAGCCAUUCUUCCAGAUCAUUUUGGGAAGCUGUCCAAGGUGAACAUCUGGAAGGUGAAGGACAACCCUCUGAUCCAGCCUCCGUAUGAGGUGUGCAUGAAGGGGAUUCCUUACAUCGCCGUCUAUCAGAAGGAGCUCGCCCACUCGCAGCUCGCCGUGAAGCCGCGACUCAAACUGGUUCUGAUGGGGAUUAAGAACGCUGGGAAAACUUGGCUGAGGCGGAGCAUGGUGAGCAAGCAGCAUGACGCCAGAGGAACCCAGGGAAACAAAGGCAUCGAAGUCACCAACUGGGUGGCGGACGCCGACCGCCGUCUCACAUUUCUGGUGUACGAUUUGUCAGGGAAGCAAAACUACGACCUCAUCAAACCCUUCUUCCUCUCUCCCGGUGCUCUCUACGUCAUCGUCGUCAACCUUAAAACGUAUUCUCCCAAGACCUUUUACGCCCACGUCGGGUAUUUCCUCCACCUGCUCUGCGCCAAAGUGCCCCACGCCGUGGUUUGUCUGGUGGGGACCCACGCCGACCUGUGUGGGGAGGUGGAGCUGGAGGAGAAGAGCCUGGACAUCCACCGGCAGAUCGGACUGCAGGAGCAGAGGGACGUUGAGGACCUGAGGUGUCUGGCUCAGCAGGUGGACCGGGCUCUGGAGCAGGGCUACAGCGUCCGCACCUCCAGCCCUCACGUCCUCUUCUACGGCGUCUCCGACCGCAACCUAAGGCGCAGGAAAGCCCAGCUGCAGUACAUGCUGAACCACCGACUGCAGAUCCUGUCUCCCGUCCUGAGCGUCAGCUGCACGGAGACGCAGAGGAACAUCCAGAGGCUGCGAGAGAAGCUCAUGUCGGUGGCCGACCACCGUGAGAUCUUCCCCAACCUCCACCGCGUGCUGCCCAAGUCCUGGCAGAUGCUGGAGGAGCUGCACUUUAAGCCCAAAGACCUGUGGCUGUCCUGGUGGGACUCGGCACGUCUGGGCCUGCAGGCGGGGCUCACCGAGGACCGGCUGCAGAGCGCCUUGUCCUACCUGCACGAGAGCGGGAAGCUGCUGUACUUCGAGGACAGCCUCACGCUGAAGGAGUACGUGUUCCACAACCUGCCGCGCUUCAUCGCCAUUCUCAACGUCUUCUUCCAGCGGGACGAGUCCUCGCUGCUGGACCGGCUGCUCUCCGAGGGGGAGCGGGGAGACAAGAGCCGGGUGAGUCUGGUGAUGGAGGACGAGAAGGGGGAGAACCUCAGGGUGACACACCUUCAGCAGCACGUGGAGGGCUUCCUGCAGCACGGCCGGCUGCCCUCCAACGUCAUCCGGCUGCUGCUGCGGCCGCUCAUCCAGACGCAGCAGGACCUGCACCUCAUCAUGGAGCUGCUAGAGAAGAUGGGUGUCUGCUACUGCCUCAACAAGCCCCGCAGCAAGCCCCGCAGCAAGCCUCUGAACGGAGCCACCGUGUGGUACAAGUUCCCCAGCUACGUCAGCAGCGAGGAGCCCCGGGCCGAGGCGGCAUCCAGCGGCGGCUCCCUGCCUCACUUCUUCUCCGUGGAGCAGCUUCACAUCCAGUACAGCUUCCCCUUCCUGUUUCCCCCUGGACUGUUCUCACGCUUCAGCGUGCAGAUCAACGGCCACGUGGUGCAGCGCUCCGACGGACGCCACCAGAUCUUCGCCUAUCGGGGAAAAGUCCCCGUGGUGAUCAGCCACCGGCCGUCCAGAGGGAGGCCGCAAGCGGAGACGCUGUCCAUCGCCAGCCACGCCUCGCUGCCCAACAUCUGGACAGCAUGGCAGGCUGUGACGCCGCUGGUGGAGGAGCUGAACAUGCUGCUGCAGGAGUGGCCCGGCCUCCACUACUCCGUCCACAUCCUCUGUUCCAAGUGCCUCAAGAGAGGGUCGACCGACCCCCACGCCUUCCCAGGUUGUUGAACUAAACCACCGGCUGAUAUAGAUUCUACAGAAACCUGCAGCUUCUGAUGGACUGACCCAGAGGUGGAAAUAUGAAUACAUGUUUCUACAAACAUUCUAGGAUUUCAAACUUUCCAACGAGUCCUUGAACUACUCGUCUGUGAUGCGUUCAAGUGUCAGAAUAAUGAGUCCUUAAGUUUCACCAGAAUCACAUCAAAAUAUGAGUCAAAGUCAAACAUUUAAUGAAACCGUGAGGCCUUCACGGACAGAAAGAAAGUCCGUCCUUUCAGAGAGAAGUUCAAAUUAGGUUUUUAUUCUCUGGUUUCCAUCAUUCUAACUGACAGAGGACUUCUCUGAGUUCUCUGUCUUCAUGUUCUGGUUCCUCAGAGCUGCAGGACUUUAAAUGAUCCAGGAGUUAAAAAUGCUGCUCUGGGUUUCAUCUCGUUUUUUUAUAUUUUUUGUAUUCUUGUGGUUCUUUUAUCAUUUUUGGGUUCAUUUAGUCUCUUUGUUUUGUUUUUGUCUUGCUUUGUGUCCAAUUGUUUUCAUUUAUAAGUAAACUUUUAAACAACUAAGACUAAUUUAUGUCAUUCUGGAUGGAUUUUAAUCAGAUUCUGAGAUGUUUCAGACCAUCUGUUAGUCAUUCUGGACCAUUUGAUUUUCUCGUUUUAAGAACUUUUUGUGUUUUUGCACAAAAUGUUGAUUUUUUUUGAGGUUUUCAGUAAUUUUAGACAUUUUCUUAUUCCCUUUAGAUGAGUUUUAAGUCAGUUUGGACACAUUUUUGUCAUUUCAGACCAGAUUUAGUGAUUUUAACUACUUUGGAGCUGAUUUAUGUAAAUUCUGAUUUAUGUAAAUUCUGGGACCAUUUAGUCUCUGUGGUGUUUUUUAAGGAACCAAAAAUAAUAUUGUGUCACUUGGACAAUUUUUAAACUAAUUCUGAGAGGUUUCAGACCAUCUGUUAGUCACUCUGGAGGAUUUUAUUCUGUCAUUUUAGACAUUUCAUGUCAUUUAAGACAUUUUGUUGUAUUUUUUUGAUGUUUGAACAAAAUUUUGGGUAAUUUUGGGCAUUUUUUAAGUUCCUUUAGACAAGUUUUAAGUCGGUUUGGACACAUUUAUCAUUUCAGACCAGAUUUAGUGAUUUUAUCUACUUUGGAGCUGAUUUGUGUGAGUCCUGCUGAUAGAAGACGUCUCUGAGUUCUCUCCUUCAUGUUCUGGUUCUUUAGGACUUUAAAGUGAUCCUCAGUGAGUUCAGACGGAUGAAAUUUAAUAUAGUUCUUCUUGUCUGA